CACAUUUCACUAAAGCUGCCUUUAAUCUCUCUCUCUCUCUCUCUCUCUCUCUCAAUGAUGGAGUUCUCCAUGAGGUCAUUUGCUAUGGUGUCCCUCCUGCUGUUGGUUUCCCUGUCCACUGAUAUGAGUGGUCCUCUUGUGGUGGAUGCUAGAGCUUGUAACUGGGAUCUUUGCGAACAAUACUGCUCUAGUCAGGGUCUGCCAGCAUGCUGCCCAGGACCAUCUGGCCCAUGUCGUUGCACAGCCAUUUGCCCACGGAAUCGUAUUAUGAGCGCUCCUCUUGCUCGAGUUCGACGUUGUGACGUGGAUCUUUGUAACCAAAACUGCUCGCUUCAGAAUUUGCCAGGAUGCUGCUCAGCUUUUAACGACCGGUGUGUUUGCGGAGAAAUUUGCCCAAACAAAGAGCCUGUCAUCAAGGAGAUAGUAAUCGCUUGAUGCUUUGGUGCAACAGCAGGUGAAUAAAUUACUUAUCUAUGUAUGAAGCUGGUUGAGUUAAAUAAAUUGUAGAUCUCUGCUUAGAGUCUGCAGUAAACUGUCUUUAAUUAAAUAAAUUGUAGUCUUCGCUUGGAGACUACAUUGUGGAAAUGUAGCCAUCUUUAUUUACCAGUAUCAUGUUGUCUAUUAUAAUAAACUUGGAAUGAGUAUAUUGUGAAAUAAUUUUCGUUGUCU